ACUGGACCCCUCCCUCAUCGCCUCUGGUAAACUUGGUCUCGCAAUUUACCUAUCGAGGCAGUGCACCAUCCGGCCAUCCACCCGAACUCCAAACCAAACCCGAUCGAAUCAAGGUGAUGCCCAACAGGGCAACGCCAAGGCCAAUACGCAAUCAAGAAUUUCUACCCAAGAAAAGCAACAAACUGCCAAGACAGCGUCAUGGACACAACCACUUGUACGCGUCACCCAACCCCAGUAUUCGAAGGGCACAAACCUGCGCAUUGCAAUUUGCGAUCUUCACGAUGGCGCUGCCAACCGACAAGGAUAUGGUCUCCAGAGCCCUGGGACCAGUUGGUCACCGGGUGGUGAUGGGGAUAUCAUAAUAUAUACCAUGGAUCCAACUUCCUGCUUCCCUCUCCUCCAUUCUAAUCGGCACCGCCAUUUCUAUUCACCAAGCAGUACGGUACUUGACUGACUGCCGAGGCUUAUCCGAGCAGCAACACUCAACACAACAAUCGACAUGCGUUUCUCAGCGAUCGUUCCGAUAGCUCUGUCUAUUGCGGCCUUCAUACUUGCUCUGCUUGUGCUGUUUGCCGGUAGGGAUAAUGGGUUCCUGGGCGACACUUAUAUCACUAAGGUAGCUUGCGCUCCAUCUCCUCCCGACGCGCACAUGUAUUCACGAGAGACAUCAGAUUGAUACUUCAAACCUCGGAGGCGAAGGCACCUCCCUCAAUUCUUCGAGCACCGGCAUCAGCGCACUCGACAACAUCCUCAACUCGGCCUCCCGGGACAUCAUUAAUAGCACCGCUUCUCGCCUCGGCCUGCACGAUUUCUACAAGGUCUUUGUUAUGAACUACUGCGAAGGCGAGCGCGAUUCCAAUGAAAAUGAGAAGACCACAAACUGCACAAAGCAGAAGGGGAUGUUCACCUUCGAUCCCGUCGGCGUUUUCGAGGAGGAGCUACUGCAAGGUGUGACGUUACAGGACUUGGGUGUCGAUACUCAGGACCUCGACACCGCUGUCAACGUCUUGAAGGUUGCGUACAGGACCAUGUUUGUCACGUACUGCAUUGGAAUCGCCACUGCCGGUGUCGCUAUUAUUCUCGGAUUCCUAGGAUUCUAUGAGAGCAGGCUUUCCGCAUGCGCUAAUUGGUUGUUCGCCGUGGUGAGUUUUCUCCCUCUUCUUUCACGCUUGAAACCGUUAUUGAUUGAUCCUCCGUUUCAGAUAUCCUUCCUAUUCCUCGGCGUCGCAUCUGGCAUCGGUACCACCGUUGGUGUUAAAAUUCGCGACGCGAUAAACCGUGAGAUGGGAGAAAUCGGUGUCCGAGCCUAUAUUUCGAACAGGUACCUCGGUAUGACAUGGGCCGCUGUUAUCUGCAUGCUUAUCGUCACAUUUUUCUGGUGCGGCGCCUGCUUCUCCAGGAGAAAGUACAGAAACCACAGUAAGGAUCUCAAUGAGGGCCAAGCUGCCGGGUCGGGGCCCGUUGGCGGAAAGAGGCCCUGGAGGAGAUGGAGACCUUAGAGAGGGAUAAGACAGUGCUGGGUAGCGUAUGAUAUGAUGGAUAACGAAUGUUUCCCCCAAUAAUGUAUUUGUACAAGUUUUCCGGGAGCAGGACUGUUUUGCUUUAUCGCGCUUCCUUCCCCUUCAUCCGAAUAAUCCUAUUAAACGAGUCCCCUUUGUUUGUUUUUUCUCUUCCUCACUUCAAGAUACCGGUACCUUAUUACCAUCCUUGCCGUCAUCAU